AUGUCUAUCUGCCGAGAGAGUUUCAGUUGCCCAAAUCCGAAUUUUGCCUCAUUCAAGUACCCGUUUUAUAAUAAUGCCACUGAUGACAAGCAAUGUGGGUUGAUCCAGGUGAACUGUACUUUGAAUGGUGGGAUAAUUCAACUUGGAAGAGACUCAUAUGAGAUUGUUGGCAAGUUUGUGUCUGAAUCAGUCGUAUCGAUCCGUAAUCUAACGUUUGAAAGACUUGUGAAUGAUAGCAGUUGUGGGGCACUUAUGGAUAAUUUCACUUCUCCAAUUCCUCUUUUGUAUUCCAUCUCAAUCGUAUCCUUCAUCACUCUCUACAAAUGCACAAACAAUACCAAUUAUCCUACUCAAAACGAUGCUUACUUUGGCAGAUCUAAUUACCAUAGAUACAACACAUGCAAAAACCACAAAUUCUACUAUAAGUAUAGUGUAAGUGAUACAACAGUUCCAAGCGAUCUCCCACCUACAUGUCAAGUAAUACGCCUACCCGUCAAAUUAGUGCGAGGGCCAGAAGACAAUAAAGGAAUUAACGAAACCGACAUAUUUUCUUUUCUCUCCCCUCGCUUCUCUAUUUAUUUUCAUUUGUCACCUUCCUGCCAUAAGUGUCACCAGGAAGGCGGCCAGUGUAACACUCUCCGUGAACAUGUUGAGUGUCUAGACGCCAAAAAGGAAGAAAAAACAGGCAGAAAACUGACACGAAUCCUAAUUCUUGCUGGAUCUGCCUUCAUCCUCAUGCUGUUUCUUGUCAUCUUCAUAAUCUGGUGUCUUUACAAGGGCAACCCUAUUUCAUAUUGCACGUCAAAGAACAUAUCUCCAAUCAUUGAAGAUCAGGUUUUCUUCUUUGGCGUCUCCGUUUUCUCCUACAAGGAUCUUGAGGAUGCCACCAGAAAUUUUGACCCUGCUCUAGAACUAGGGAAUGGAGGUUUUGGAGUUGUUUACUAUGGUAAACUCCAAGAUGGGCGAGAAGUUGCAGUGAAGAGACUUUAUGAGCAUAACUAUAAGCGACUUCAGCAAUUCAUGAAUGAGGUUCAAAUCCUCACCAGAUUACGCCACCCUAACCUUGUUGUGCUAUAUGGUUGCACCUCUCGUCAAAGCCAUGAACUUCUUCUUGUGUAUGAGUACAUUUCCAAUGGCACACUUGCUGACCACAUCCAUGGAGAACUAGCAAAUUCAAGCUUACUAACAUGGCCAUUACGGAUGAAUAUCGCCAUUCAAACUGCCAGAUCUCUAGUGUACCUCCAUGCCUCUGAAAUCAUUCACCGAGAUGUCAAGACUAGUAACAUUCUCCUUGAUCACAAUUUCAGUGCCAAGGUAGCAGAUUUUGGGCUCUCGAGGCUGUUACCAAAUAAUGUCAAUCAUGUGUCUACAGCUCCUCAGGGGACCCCAGGUUACUUGGAUCCUCAAUAUCAUCAUCGUUACCAAUUAACAGAUAAGAGUGAUGUUUACAGCUUUGGAGUGGUCUUGAUCGAACUGAUAUCAUCCAUGGUGGCUGUUGAUUUAAGUAGGACUCAAGACGAUAUCAGUUUGGUUAAUCUGGCUUUAAACAGGAUCCAAAGAUGUGCGUUAGAUCAAUUGAUCGACCCGGUUUUAGGAUCCGAUUCAGAUCCUGAAGUCAUGAGGAUGGUUACAUUAGUAGCAGAGUUGGCUUUUCGGUGUCUACAGUUUUAUUCGGAAAUGAGGCCUACAAUGAGUGAGGUGUUGGAUGUGUUGGUGGAUAUUCAAUCGCAGGGGAGAAUAGAUGUUGAUUACAGCAUCAGAGAGUUGGAAGAAGUAAAAAUGCCACCUCUGUCUGAAAACAAUGAUAAGACGGUUGUGUUGAAAGAUUUUCUACCUUCGCCAGUCUCCCUCACCGGUGAAUGGCAUAGUAAUAGCACCGUAUCAACUACACUAAACGUCAGAUAG